CUCAACACAUCCAAUCACGCACAAACAGCAAGGGAGGGGCAAACACCGUAACCAGCCCCGCUAACACCCACUUUGUCAAGAUCAGGUAAGCAGGUCUGCAUAUCCCCUCCCUCUACACAGUCGCAUGCACGGCGACGGACGGCUGCACCCACCGUCUCCUACACCCCUGGCUUCUCCCCCGCCAACCUGCACCACACCAACACAUACGGACAUACACACGCACACAACAGGCAACACACCAGCUAAUUAAUGUGCUUGUGCGAUUCUGUCCAUGAGCGUGUGUUCGGUGAGCCUACGAUGCGAAGAACUCGUCGAAGUUGAUGAGCCCGUCGCCGUCCUUGUCCGCCAAAUGGAUCAACUCAUCCACCUCGUCUGGUAUGCACCACAAACCAACCGACAGUUGUAUACAUUCGGCGACGAUGGAUGUGUGUAUCUGUGCUUCCAUCUCGUCUCGUCGUUUUCGCUGUGUGGAGUCAAUCAAUUCACCUUGUGUGAGUGGAUUGCGUCCGAGGGUCGUGAGCAGAUGCCGCAGCUCAGGCGGCGAUAUGAAACCGUUCCUGCAGGACACCGCCGCACACAACACAAACAGAGCGGCCCCCUCCUCUCCCUCCCUCCCUCCCCUCGGUUUGGCCCGUGUGUGUCUGUGUGUCUGUGUAUGGGAUGACAAUGCGCCUGACUGACUUGUCCUUGUCGAUGAGUUGGAAUGCCUGGAGUACGUCGUCUUCGCUCUCGAGUCCCAGCAUCUUCCUCUUCAUGGCGUUGAAGAACUCCUCAUAGUCCAACUCACGGUCACCAUUCUCAUCCAAAUCUGCCGACCGACCGACCGACCGCACAGAGAGAGGCGUGGCACGUGUAGUGUGCAGGCACGUGUGUCUGUGUGUACCGUCUACGAUUUGCGCGAUUUCUUCUGGGCUCACGUUGUCCCCCUCGAGGGCCUUCUUCAUGGCCUUCUCCAUCUCCGGGAGGGACAGCUUCCCAUCCUUGCUCGUGUCGUAGUGGUCGAACACCGCCUUUAUCUCCUUCUUCUGCAACGCAUACGCACACACACACAGACGGGCGGCAACACUUGCACACCCACGCCCCUCCCCGGACAGAAGCCCCCUCACCUGCUUGUCGGUGAGCUCCUUGCGAUUCAAUAAGCCCGUGUCCAUCGUCUCCCGUACGAUUCUAACAGCAAAUCCACACC